UGUUAUCCAACUUUUAUAUAAACAGGCAGCUCUCAUAAGCCUCAACUGCAGAGAGGUCUGAAAUUUGGGCUGAUCACUGCUCCAUGUUCACAAAAGCAGAGACUGCAACUCACUGUGAAGAGCUUUUGGAAAAUUUUUUGAAAAGGUUGGGAAUUGCAAACAUGUUUCUGUUCCUUUACCUGGCCAUCAGCCUGGGCCUCUCUGCAUCUGGUGUUGUGAGGGGAGAUGGUGAGGCUGAUUCCAAUGGAGACAGCCCACUUCAAGACAUACAGAAAAAAGUGAAUGACCUGUGGCAGAAUUUACUCUACCCACAGUUCAUCAAUGAGGAGACUGACCAGGCAGGUUAUGCCACUUGUGAAGUGAAGCCCAGCUCCAACCUAGAUGCUGACAAGCCACAGGUGACAGGCCAAGUCUUGUUCAGACAGUCCUACUCAAAUGGAAAACUAGAGGCUCUCUUUGACUUGAAUGGGUUUCCAUCAGGCAGCAAUCAGUCUGGCAGAGCUAUUCACAUCCAUAAGCUCGGAGACCUCAGCAACAGCUGUGACUCUACUGGGGGGCACUAUAACCCUUUCAACGUGAACCAUCCUCGCCAUCCAGGGGAUUUUGGCAACUUCUACUCUAAAGAAGGCAAAAUUAGAAAAUACAAGCCAAAUCUGCUCGCCACUCUGUUUGGUCCCUACUCCAUCAUGGGGAGAUCCAUUGUGAUCCACGAGCAGGAAGAUGACAUGGGCAAGGGUAACAAUAAAGCCAGUUUGGAGAAUGGGAACGCUGGCAGACGUCUAGCUUGCUGCGUCAUUGGGAUAUGCAACAAGAACUUAUGGGAGAAAAAGCUUCCUGACAUAACAGAGAGGAGGAAGAAGAGGAUCACAAAUGAGCACAAAACCACCAGGCCUAACUGAAGACCAACAUACCAUCCAUUGCCUAGGCAGCACAGAAUAGAUAUAGUCCAUAUAGUUGAUCACAGAGACAUGCAACAGGUUCCCUGUUUCCAUUGAGUCUCUGUCCUACUGCUCUCUAAGAAAUGCAUAUUACUCUUUAGAGGUUUUUCCCUUCUGUAAGUAGAUUAAUAAAAAACAGCAUCAACUCAA